GUCAAGAUAGUUCUUCGAGUUGAGUUGUUUCAGUUGUUUCGUAGAUCGGAAAGAACACCGCAUCACCAUGGCUUGGCGCUUGUUCAAAACCGUGAUUUAUUUGUCCGUGAUAAGUGUAAAUCUCGUGAAUCAGGUGUUAAGUGCACCCGUUGCUGCUGCUGCUGCGGCUGUGUCUGGAGGAAAAGCCGCUGACGCUCAUUCGCCAAAGGUGAUUGAACAGUCCAACGACUACAAGUCGGAUGAGUUCAAUUGGAGCUACGAGUUGAGUGAUGGACGAGUGGUGCGUCAGAAUGCUUACAAGAAAAUGCUCGAUGACGGUACGGAAGUGCUGGUGAUCAAUGGCUUUUACAGCUACUAUGGACCAGAUGGGAUCAAGUACACCGUGAGCUAUUAUUCGGACGAAAACGGGUAUCAUCCUGAUGUCAUUGUUGGAGAACUUCCUGAGCCCCCUCAAUAUAUGCACAUUGAUCCUAAAGUUUUGGCGUCAUUGGUGGGAUAGAACAUGAUAUAAACCCAAAAGUUUCAAAUAAUCGAAAGUUAACAAAACAAAAAAUGACGGAAUUUAACAGCAGAUUACAAAGUGUAACUCAUCAAUCUCAUUGGAUAUUAAAAAAUA